AUGUCCACGGUGACGUCCAAAAUAAGAAGCUUGGCCCCUGGCGAGCGGUUCUGCUCGUUCGAGUUCUUCCCGCCGAAAACAGACGCCGGCUUCCGCAACUUGCUAGCGAGAUUAUCCAGGAUGAUGGCCCUAAACCCGCUUUUCCUCACAGUGACGUGGGGUGCUGGCGGUUCCACGGCAGAAAAAUCGCUUGAUUUGGCUGCAACGUGCCAGAAGGAAUUGGGAGUCACCACUGUCCUCCAUUUAACUUGCACAAACACCAAUAAGGAGAUCAUCGAGGAUGCGCUCCAGAGAGCUAGAGCAGCUGGCAUCAAGAACAUUCUUGCCUUGAGAGGAGACCCUCCUAGGACAGAGGAGUACUGGACACCCAAUUGCGAUUUUUCCAGUGCUGUGGAUUUGGUGCGAUUCAUUCGUCAAAAUCAUGGAGACUAUUUCUGUAUUGGUGUUGCUGGGUACCCAGAGGGCCAUGUGGAGGGAGCAGAUGCCUCGCAGCAGGACCCACGGAAGGACUUGCCGUACUUGGUGGAGAAGAUCGAGGCUGGCGCCGACUAUGUGGUGACACAGCUUUUCUUUGAUGUUGAUAAAUUUGUGGCUUACGAAAAGUUGCUCAGGGAAACCCCCCAGUUGAAGAACGUCAUCCUAAUACCUGGACUCAUGCCCAUCACCACAUAUAGAGUGUUUGUAAGGGCCACGAGGUUGUCGCAUGCAAAUGUUCCCAGGGACAUUCUCAGUAAGUUGGAUGCUUUCGCUAAUGAUGACGAUACUGUCAAGACCAUUGGUCUUGAUGUGUUGACCAAGAUGAUUUCAGAGAUCGACCAGCGCACAGAAGGUCGUAUUCGUGGCUACCAUUUCUACACGCUCAAUUUGGAAAAGGCCGUAGCCUCCAUCAUCAAUAGGCUGCCUGUUUUGCAGAACAUGAUUUCUCAUAAUAAGCUGGUGGAGCACGAUGACGCCGUGGCGUCGGAUUCCGACGAGGAAUUUGCUCCACCUAUGAAGAACGGCAGAAGAAAAUCAUCUGUCAACGAAAACCAAGUCGCCGUUCCCGACGACGCAAAGAGAGCUUUGGUGUCGAAGGCGCUCUCCAAAGACCCAAAAUCAAUUGUAGAUAUCUCAACAGGAAAAGGUGCCUUGGGUAAGGACGCUACAUGGGAUGAGUUCACCAACGGUCGUUUCGGUGACUCCAAUUCUCCUGCUUACGGUGAAAUCGACGGCUACGGUCCAAACUUGAAGCUUCACACGAACAAAGAGGUCGAAGAGACAUGGGGUAAUCCAGAGUCUACCGCCGAUAUCACAAGAAUUAUCGUUGACUAUUUAUCUAACAAAAUCAACGUCCUCCCAUGGGCUGACAGUGAGCUUUCGCCUGAAACAGGUUUGAUUCAGGAGGAGCUCUUUGAGCUUAAUGAGCGAGGUUGGUUCACGUUGGCAUCUCAGCCAGCUGUAAAUAACUGCAAAUCAAGCGAUAAGAUAUUGGGCUGGGGUCCUCCUAACGGACACAUUUUCCAAAAGCUGUUUGUGGAGUUUUUCAUUCCCAAGAAGCAGUGGAAAGAUGAGUUGUUGCCUCGCAUAUCCAAGCAAGUUGAAGAAAAAACCAUCACAUACUAUUGCGGCGAUGCUAGUGGCCACAUCUCGCUGAACUUGCCUAUUGGCAAAGGCAAAGAUAGCAAUACUAAGUCUGCAGUCACCUGGGGCGUGUUCCCACUGAAGGAGGUGUUGCAGCCCACCAUCAUCGACUACGAGUCGUUUAAAGCAUGGAAUGAAGAGGCAUUUUUGUUGUGGCUCGAGUGGGCUCGCUGUUACAGGAAAGAUUCCAAGUCGUACCAGUUGUUGAACGACAUAUACAACAACUACUACUUGGUCAGCUUGGUGCACCACGACUUCACCGACGAGUUUGUCUUGUGGACCACAUUGCUCAGCGACUGA